AUGAUUCGCGACCUCCAAGGCGUAAUUGGCUAUGUCUUCUACUACGCCUUCUUCCAUCCUCUGGCCAAGUACCCCGGCCCCUUCUGGGGAAAGUUUACAGGACUCCGUGCAGCUUACCACGCCUGGAUUGGGGAUGUACAUAUUGAUAUGUGGAAAUGCCACGAGAAAUAUGAUGUCUACGGACAUAACAAGAACGUGCGCAAGAGCCUUGCUUAUCUGGCCAUGGUCCACAAAACUCCUAGCACCUUCACCCUGAUGGAUCGGCACGAGCAUGCAUGGAAAAAGCGGAUCUUGAGCCAGAAGCUAUCGGAUUCAGCCAUCCGAUCCUUCGAGCCCAAGAUCACGGGCAUGAUUGAUCGCUUCUGCCAAUACGUCUGUCCCCCCGCUAGCACGGGCAAAGAAAACACCGUGUCGAAGCCCUUCAACAUGUCAGAAAUGUGCGAUUAUCUUUUCUUUGACCUUGUUACCUCCAUUGUCUUUGGUGAGAACUUCGACUUGAUUCGAAGUCCGUGGUACCGUCAUAUCCCGCCUGCGCUUGCUCGUUCAAAUGAGCGUAUUAGCGUAAUUGUGCAGUGGCCGUAUGUUGUGUGGCGGCGUAUGGACAAGGUUCUCUUCCGCAACUCCGUGGCUGGACGAAAGGACUUUUUGCGAUUUGCUCACAACUUGGUCACCGAGAGAGUGCAGCGUGGGUCUGGAGAUGAUGUCUUGUCUGGCUUACUGGAUGCUGCAGACCCAACUACAGGAAACAAACUGACCCAAGAUGAAAUCGUUGCUGAGAGCAUUCUGAUGCUCGUAGCUGGCUCUGACACUUCAUCAACCCUCUUGGCGUCUCUGUUCUUCUAUCUUACUAGAAACCCCGACAAGAAGGAUCGUUUGACCCGUGAAGUCCGCUCCAAAUUUUCAACCCGAGAAGAGAUCUGUCUCGGUCCAGCCCUCAACUCUUGUCGCUUCCUCUACGCGUGUAUCAUGGAAUGCUUACGUCUAACGCCCCCAGUUGCAGCAGCACCGUUCCGUGAAGUCCUCAAGGGCGGCAUGAUCGUCGACGGUCACUACGUUCCUGAAGGCACCAACGUUGGAACUGGACUUUUCAGUAUCCAACACAACCAGGAGUACUUCUAUAGCCCUUUUGAGUUUAUUCCUGAGAGAUGGCUGUCAGAAGGAAAGAAUGCUGGUCCUCACAACCCGGACGCUCAUGUUCCUUUCUCCAUCGGUCCUCGUGUCUGUCUUGGAAGGGCACUUGCUCACGCUGAACUUAGCCUUGCCAUGGCUAUCAUCUGCUGGAAGAUGGACUUCAACGUGGUUGAAAGCAUGAAGGACAUUGGAGCCGGCAACGAGAAUGCCGAGUACGGUAGACACAGGCCAGGAGAGUUCCAGCUGUAUGACCAUAUUACAUGUGCACGAAAUGGACCAAUGGUUGAGUUUAGAGAGAGGUCAUUCUGA